AUGAGACUGACGCCAAACACUUUGAACAUUUUAGACGCUGAGACCUCACUCUUCAACUGGUCGGUUCCACUGGAUUACGCGUACGAGGGCGCGUAUUCCGUCACGGGCUACGCCAAGAAUCUCUUGGGCAACGUGACGUUUUCAACAUUGGUGCACGUGGUACCCGAAGUGACGGACACGUGGCAGGUGACAGUUAACUGUCCCUGUUACAACGUUCCUCCUUACUUCACGGUUAACCUGACGUUCCCUUCUGCUCCACAUCCUCCUUGGAAUCUCACCGUAGAAAUAACAUACGAAGUGGACGAUGGCAACGGGUCAUGGGUACAACUUACCGUGUUUGGGCCUCAAGUGGAAGACUUCGGGACGUUUGACGGCGCAGGCCCCGCAGGCGCUAGUGGUGAUGAGCGGCAACUGUCGCUGCAUUACUUGCUGGAGCCGCAGCAAGCAGGCAACCUCACUCUCAGUGUGAACCUGUCUAACGAAGUGUCAACGGCGCUUAUUCCUGUGGAGGUCGAAAUACUAGAAGGCAUCGUGAACGUGACUGGUUACGUCACGUGGACUGCCAACGAAACAGAAGGAGACUGGAGCGGCUGGGGACCAGAAAGUGACAUCUUCAUUGCGAACGCGACGACAUUUGUGUACCCGAGCACCGCAUCAGGAACUCCUGAGAAGUGGAGGCUUUACAUCCUACCCACUAAAAUGGAAAUGACGGUUACCUACACGCCUGAUUAUAGGUUCAAAUUUAUCUACACUGAUAUCGGACCAGCUACCUUCUACCUGAGCGCCUACAACUCCUUCCAAGGCUGGGUGCACGCCGAGCCUAUCAACGUUACGUUCGUUGGCAGCAUCGCUGGCUUCUCUUUGUCCAACGACGGCAAGAUAGGAUCAGUGAAUGUGUCGAAAACAGUGAUCUCAACUUUUGACGUCUUAACGCCAACGUUUUGCCUUAUCAUGAGCUGGGGCGAUGGAUCCACCGAUGAAGCAUACGGAGACAAAGUUGCUUGUGAUGAAUACGGCGAGGAGCUUCCCUUCUUUGGAAUGAUCUCGGCAAAUGAGAAACUGAGUCACACCUACGCGAAUGAAGGCAUGUACAAAGUUUCGGGAUACGCAUUUGACCUCGGCACCGGCGACUUGUGGUCUGAUGUGGACGUGGUGAUCGGUGAAGUCCCUUGUACGAUGCCCAACGUGAGCGUGGCAGGCGCUGUCAAGAGGAUAAACAACGCGCCUUCACAGUUCAAAAGCCUCCCUUCGAGGAUCAUGUCGAACACAACCAUUAAUUGCACCAAGCCUGUCACCGCAAAACGGUACUGGACGAUAGAGAAGGUCAACAGCACAACUGGCGAUCCCACCAAUCAAGUGACAAUAGAAGGAGUUCUGAGCACCUGGAAUUUCACGACACUGGUCGUGGAUGCUCUCUUCUUAGACAUCGGCUACUACAUGUUCACGUUCACCGUCGAAGUACAAGCUACCCAGACCAUCACUCUCGUCCAAAGUGACUACACUUACUACCAGAUCAUCAGGAGCAACCUGAGUGCAGCUAUCCUGCCUGGAGGCAUCAAGAGCAUGAGCCGAGCGUUCACCCAGAGUCUGGACCUCAACCCACAGCUAGCAAGUGUCGACCCUGACGAGCCCAGUGUUCCGAUCACAAACGUAAAAUGGUACUGCCGGCAAAUCCUGCCAACACCAGAGAAGCUGCAAGUCGACGCUCAAAACUUUCCACUAGCGGUCAACCCGCAGUCCAUCCCAGAACCCAUGACUGCAGUCGGGAGGACGGGUGGCGGAUGCUUCGGCGUGGGCCCUGGCAUGCUUACGUAUCAGGGCUUGAAGCUGAGUCUGCAAAUAUCUUCAUUUUAUAUGUCCGAGGCAACGUUCGAGAUUACGGCUGUCGUCGAGAAGGAUGUGAGACGAGCAGUAGCCACACUUGAACUUAAAGUGGUAACACAAUCACCGCCUGAAGUCUCAAUAAAGUGUUCGGUGCCAAGUCUUUGCCUGGCGCAGAGUGACGGGUUUUUGGUGAACCCAGCGGUGCGCCUCACUCUUGUCGGCAACUGUACCGCCUACUGCACUGCUGCCCGCUACUACAGCUGGGACGUUAAGCAGGAAAAUGGCGCGUCCAUUGUGACCAAUGAACCGAACUGCGACUCGACCAAGACUGUCUGCAAGCAAAGUUUUGAGACUGGAACUAGCGCAGUGAUCGUCACCCUUUCCCCUUCACUUUUUGACCUUAAUUCAUUCUCGGACAAAUUCACCGUUCGCCUCACCAUUGUCACCUCUGACAAUCGGAUCGGGUACUCUCAAAUCUCAAUCAAGAAAAACAAACCACCUACUGGCGGCACUUGCAGAAUUUCAGCGGAUCAGGGUUAUUACUGCCUUCUUUCCAAAUUCAUUUUAUCGUGCGAUAGAUGGCAAGACCCUGAAGCCAUAGGCAUCGCGGCCUAUAAUUUCUAUUACUUAGAAUAUCCUACCGGAAAAAUCGUCAAGACGCCAAUGGCCAGUACGCAACAGACUCGCUUGUCUGCAGUUCUACCUUACGGAAAUUUCAGUGUGUUCGUAGAAAUUUCAGACUCAUAUGGCGCCUUUACCAAUUACUUCAUCGGUAACAUAACGACUAUCAUGCCAAAUAAAAGCAUGGUGGAGGCUUACAACACGACAGCAGUUUUGGCUGCUCUUACAGCAGCGGGUGACUCUACUCAACUCACGAUGUUCAUAAAGGCGCUGAACUCCCUUACGGCAAAUGCCGCGUGGAGUGACAUCUCGGAUAACGCAUUCAACAAUAUAUCACUCGGUGAACAAGAGAUGAAGCUUGCCGAAAUAUCGGAUUCAAAGUCGCAGCAACUUCAAUCUCUGAAGAAGUCGGCUCCACCAACCACCAUCGCCGACGUAAACGUGUACUCUGAUGUAUUAGCCAGCUCUGUGUCUCAAAUACUUAAUAGUAAAGCUGGUUCCUUGACCAUAGGGAUGGAUGCUCGAGAAGAUUGCCUUUCAACUCUAGAAAAGAUUUCUUGCUCCUUGCCUAAUAUCCCUGUAGCAUCUGCUUAUGAGUAUGAACCAUACGUGAAGAGUACCCUUUCGGUGAUGACAGCGUUAAUGAAAGGUAUGAAUGGGGUCUUGGAAACUGUACAGUUAUUGCCCCCUAAGGAUAGACAGGCCGCGGCUAGAGGGGUUUUGGACUAUGAUGGAGCGAUAUCUGAUGAUCCGAAUAUAGUAAUUCCUGAGAAUAUGGACGAAAUAUACAAGAAGAGCAUAAUGGAAAGCACCAGUAGACAGAGUAUAAAUCAGUUGAAACGGAUGAACGUAGUCAUCCAGUCCAUAAAUGCUCUAGUUUCAUCAAAGUUGGUAAAAGAUGAAUCGUUUCAGACUCGUACCGACUCCGGAGCUUCAAUAUAUAUUGCAAAAAUUGGAGAGGAGACACUCAAAAACGGGAAAACCAUCAAUUCUCCUAUUGAAAUCAAUAGUUCAAUCAUUCUACCACCAGACUUUUGUCCAUCGAGAUUCAUUUUCCGAGAAUCAUUCUGCACUGAAGAAUUUGGGUUGAUGUUCCUGACAUGGCCUGUUAUCACACACUACCAUCCCACUUCUCGAGUUUUCUUGGCUAAAAACACGAAAAUACUCGAGCUUGUGGUAACUAGCAAUGAACAGCAAGUGAACGUCACGAAUGCAACAAGGCUAAUCAGUAUGGAAAUACCCAGGAGUCCCGAUAUUAUUGUAAACCCUGUGACAGUGAAUGUCACUGACAGUAUUAACACCGUCAUUCCUUUGGUCUAUCACUACUUCAAUAUUACUUCUCCACAAGCCGCUUACUUGAUCGCAGUAAAGCCCUCAUCUAAUGCUGACCACCUCGUUCUUCUCGUUUCUCAUGAAAUGUUUCCUCUUCCCGGGAAGUCCCUCGUUAGCGAGGUAAUAAACAAGCUUCCCCUCAUUGAUGGGUGGCGCACACUCUUCAUCGACUCCGAAAAGAAUAACAACAGGACUGGGCGAUUUGUGGCUGGCAUUGGAAAACUGCUCAAUAACGCGCCUCCGUCAAAUUUAACUCGCAAAGACUUAGAUGCAAAGUUUUCCUCAAACUAUCAGUUUAAAAUAACAAUUGAGGGAUGCUACUUCUACGAUGAACCUUCACUUCAGUGGUCCGCUGCGGGCUUGAAAGUCCUCAGGGCUAACGCAACCCAUACAAUAUGCGGCACUAAUCAUCUCUCUCAGUUUGGAUCAGGAUUUCUCCCAACGGUGAAUGAAAUCAAUUUUGAAUUCCUUAUAGCAAACAUGGGCUUCAUAGAUAAUACUACUCUUUACGCCACCCUCAUUAUAAUUCUUGUCCUGCUCACCAUUGCUAUGAUUUGGGGCCACUACAAGGACAGAAAAGACAUUGAAAGAAGGGGUGUCAUCCCUCUGCCCGAUAACAAACCCGAGGACAAGUACAUUUAUGAAGUAACUUUCUUCACCGGCCCUGAUUCGGACGCUCCAUGUGAAUCGCAGAUAUAUUUUAUCGCGUCAGGUGACUAUGAUGAAACAGAAGUGCGUUUUCUACCUAAAGCGAACUCGAAUCUCUACCGCCGAUACGACAGGAAUACAUUUGUAAUGACAACGGCUGGUCCACUCGGUACGCUGCAUUACCUGCGGGUUUUCUUAGACAAUAGAGGCAGGUUGCCGUACGACAGUUGGCAGCUUGAACGUGUCGUGUUCCGGGACCUCCAGAAGUUUGAGCAGUACACCUUCGAAACAAAUGCAUGGCUUGCGCUCAACCGCGGCGACGGUUUGACGGAUCGAACAUUUUUGUGUGCCGACAACAACGAAGAUAUGUCAACAUUUUCGCAGAGAAUGUACAACAACACAAAUCGAAAUGUAAAUCAAGACCACAUAUGGAUGUCCGUUUUCUUACGCCCAAUCGGUUCCCGAUAUUGUAGAAAAGAACGGAUCUUGGUGUGCGCUACGUUCUUAUUUGUUUCUAUGCUCCUGAACGCAAUGUUCUAUCGGCUAGAAGGCGAGUCUCCAAUUGAUGCAUAUGCGCAGAUUGGUCCCGUACCAAUUGCUCUUUCUCAGACGAUUAAGGGCAUGAUGGUGAUCAUCUUUGUCCUUCCCUUAACAGCUUUGCUUGGUGCCGUUUUCAAACGAGCUCGUCCUAGGAAGUAUGUUCGAUGUAGGGCGCUGGAUGCUAUCGAGAAACAACGUAAAAGUCAAUUUCUGAAAAUCGGAUUGACGAAGGAAGACGCUACAGAAAGCUCAAAAGUUCUUGAGAACACUGACGCGGAACCUAAACCAAAAGUGAAACCUGUUGUAAAAUGUCUUCCAUGGUGGACGAGGCCACUUGGAUGGAUUAUUUGCGUUGCAGUUAUGGCCUUGUCCAUUUUCUUCGUUUGGAGUUAUGGCAUCACCUGGGGAGAGAUUACGACAGUCAAGUGGUUUGCUUCGUUCUUCACAUCCUUCCUAGUGUCAAUCCUGGUAAGCCAAUGGCUAAAAGUAGUGUUUGUCUCGAUCUUCAGCAGCAUUUGCAGCUCUACUGACCUCUCUAUUGAGGACAUCGACUGUGACGAAGAACUGCCCCAGCUGAAGGAAGAUGAGAAAUGGAAUUACACGAGUCAAAUUGAUCCAUCCACCGUUAGGGAUGUCCAUAAAGUCAUUGGCGUCGCAUCCGACGAUGGCACGAUAAAGAAGUUGAGAACUAAACUCACUAAAGACCGAGACAUGAAAUUCAUAGUCCGUGGGAUUAUCAUUUAUAGCAUUUUCCUCGCCGUGCUGUUCAUCGUCGUUAACGACAAGACGGACUUCAACGCUUUUUUGAUGCAAAAGCAUUUCAAGCAAACCUUCAUUGAUGAUCGAUAUCUUGCAUUCGGGCUCCCAAAUCAGCUUCGAAACACCGAUCAGUUUUGGCGCUGGGCAAAACUGUCGGUCAUGAAUGAAACGCGGGCGCAGAGGUGGUACAACGGGGAUCCGCCCUACGGUCUCCGAGGCUUCUUGAAUGACAAAGCAAAUCGCAUGGUUGGCUAUCCCAUUUUACGGCAGAUAAGGAAUUCACGCUUUGUGUGCUCGGUGCCGUACCCAAUGAACGAUACGGUUGCAGACUGCACGGGGUCCCGUGACGUGCUUUUAGAAGAUGACCAGGACUACUGCGCGAAUUGGGUGAUCGGUGAACUUUCCGAUGCAGCCUGUACCUACCCCGAGUUUAAAUACCAAACAGCGAGUCAACUAAAAACUUUACCGAGUGUGGGGCGUCUGGGAUCGUAUGGAGCAGGCGGAUACGUUAUCAGACUUCUUGGUAACCAGGAAACUAUUGUUGCGAGGCUGGAUAUGCUCCAACGCUUCAAAUGGAUUGACAGGCGCACGCGGGCAGUUUUCCUGGAGUUUUCCGUGUAUAACGCGAAUGUAAACCUUUUCAUGACGUGCCUAAUUUGCUUCGAGUUCAAUGAAGGAGGUGGUAUCUUCAUCAAAUGGAGGUUUGAACCUGUUCGACUAUUGAGACUGGAAAGCAGCUUGAAAGACAAUUUUGUGCUUGUGUGUGAGCUCGCGUUCGUUGCGGCAACAGUAUUCUUCUCUUUAAGGCUGAUAGUUGAAAUUAAGAAAGAGAGGUGCGGCUACUUCUUCAAAUACUGGAAUAUAGCCGAACUUUGUUUAGUGAUACUCUCUUGGGUGGAGAUUGCCUUGUACAUUUACAAGCUGCUUCUAACUCUCGAGGUUGCGGAUGAGUUCAAUAGAACGAAAGGAAAUGCAUAUCUGCGAAUGGACAACCCAGUUGCUGUGGACCAAUAUUAUACGUCCAUUUUAGGCUUGAUCAUGUUUGUAUCGCUACUGAAACUCAUAAAGCUCAUGCAGUUCAACAAAAGAAUGGACGUGUUGGCCCUCACAAUUUCGAUGUGUUGGGACGAGCUGGCAUAUUUUUUCAUUGCAUUUGCCGUUAUAUUUUUCGCCUUUUGCUGUCUUUUCUAUUUCAUAUUCUCCUUGCACCUGUCCGCGUUCACUACAAUUCUCUCUGCCGUCUCGACCAGCUUCUCGAUGAUGCUCGGAAAAUUUGACUUCGAUGAAAUGCAACAGGCAAAUUCACUGUCACCUCUUCUCUUUUUCAUCUUCUCGGUGCUGAACAGCAUGGUUCUGGUCAACAUUAUGCUCUCCAUCAUCUUAAAAGCCUUCAACGAAAUCAAAAUAGACCUUAGUAAUAGAAGUAAUCGCUAUGACGUUAUGGACUACAUGAUUGAACAUUUCAAGAAGACCCUUGUGCUCCAGCCAAACGAGAUAAACCAAGUGCAAGUGAAUUUGAACAAAAGAGAACACGUGGCCUCGCAAGAUGAGAGCAAUCACGAUUUGCCUGAUAAGUUGGGACAGCUGCUGCAGUACGUCAACAGCGUUUACUUCGAAGGCCAACUCGACGUCUCGAAGUCCCAGGCGCUGAAGGAAGCCUUGGCAGCGGACCACCGCGCUCAGCGAAAGAGGACGCCCAUCUUCCAGCAGGAUGUGCAGCCCAAAACCAUCUUCUUUAGCGACUAAAACUCUCGUCGCUUGGGAACAUAGAGCAAUUCCAUUUGUUCUUGAAUUCUUCUUCACUUAUUAGAAGCUCUAUUCCAUAGAGGUUCUUGAGAAGCGGUUUGUACUAAAAAAUAGAAGCAUUUAUUUUUGAAAUAUUUCAUGAAGAACACAUUCUCUUGCAAAUGCAUGCUCGUGCAACGAAAAGUAAUAUCACGUAGCCGUCGAAUCCUCUUGUAUAUGGAUCAGCUAGCUAGUCUGAUCUUUGCAAUCAAAAGCACUUCUCAUUAAUGGCAUGAAUUAAUCGUAAAUAAAAUAUAAUUUACGACUGUCUAAUGAUAGUAUUUAUUAACGUUGCCGCCUGCUAUUCUUUCUUCUCAAAUCCUUAAUGAAAACUUGUCACCACCCAUUGCUUUCGAAUGUUCAGGCAUACAAAAUGAACCAGCUGAUAAAUGCGAUAUUGAGCCAAUUACAUAGGUGUCAGUGGAUAGUUUUUUGCAAUGAAGUCAGGUCAAUCCUCUAUUGAUUGAUGUUUGAUGAAUGUAUUCAACAAGCUUUUUUAGUUUCACUCAUAAGUGACUGUAGAUGGCACACCGCGCACGAUUUUGAUGUGGUCUUGCAAAAAAAAAAUGCAUAAGCACGAACGAGGAGGUGAACACUUAAGAUACCUAGAGUAGUUAAGCACUUGAGGUUUAUUAGUGGAAUUAUACAGUAUAUGGAGGAAGUGUGGAGAAUUGUUUCUGCGACUUUACCCGCCUUUCAAAGCAGCUAUUGUAAAUGUCUGCGUCACUUCGUUUACAUCCAAUAAGUUGUGCAUAUCCGACACUUUUGAAAUUGUUCUGAAGCCUCAAUUCAUCGGUUUUUUGACAUGUAUUAUUAAUUGCUAAUCACUGUAUUUUAUUUUAUUUUGAAUGGCAUAGUUAUCGUGUGUAUCUAAUUAAUGUUGAUUAAAAGUUUAAAUUAGUAAAUAAAGAAAUAUGUGAUCACAUGAAUUUUAAAUGAAGCUGUAUCUCGAAAUUAUAGUUAUUGAGUGUGUAGAAUUUACUUAUGGGUACGUUUGAACAAGGCACAAUCAUAAUACUCGUGUAAUCACUUCCUGGAAGCGAAUAUAAUUGAUUGUCACUUGACUGGAAUUGGCCCUAAGUCCUGUGAUGGUUGCGGUGGCUUUUAGGAAUCUCUGACUUGCAUGUUUGUGAUUUACAUGCAACUGCGUUUCGUUGUUUUUAGUUAGAGAGGAAAUUUUCAUUGUUCCGCAUAGCGAUAAAAUUGAGGCAAUUUCAAACUUUCAGUGGAAAUCCGGGGUGAUUAUUCCGGAUAAGUUUUAUCACUUUCCAGAAUGUACAUAACAUA